AUUUUCAUCUCUCCCAAAAAAAAAAAAAAUAAUAAUUUUCAAUUAAAAAUCCAAUCUUUCACCUUCUAGAGAGAGAGAGGAGAGAGAGGAAGCUCCCCCUGUAGUAGAUAGAGAGAGACAGAGAGAAAGAGAGAGGCUUUGGUGUGCUUUCGAUGCUCAAAUAUGGUUGAAUUGGAAAAUCAGCAGACACCAUUGCGAUUGUGAUUCCGAGUUUUUGGAGAUGGGUUUUGAGAGCUCUCGGUGAUCUUGCAAACCCAGAAAGCGAUCUUCGAUGCGGUGAUUGGAUUCGUCGGAUUUUGGGGUCUGGGCUUUUUGAUUUGGCUUUUUUUUUUUUUUUUUUUGGUUUGAGAACGAAUUAGUGAGGAAGAAAUGAACGGUGGUGAUGAGGUCGUCGCAGCAGCUCCGGGGGGCCCUCCACCGGCGCCUCUCGAUUGGAAAUUCUCUCAGGUCUUCGGCGAGCGUACCGCCGGUGAAGAAGUACAGGAAGUGGACAUUAUUUCUGCUAUUGAAUUCGAUAAAACUGGUGACCAUCUUGCUACUGGCGACAGAGGGGGCCGGGUGGUUCUUUUUGAGAGGACAGAUACAAAAGAUCAUGGUGGCUCCUCCAGAAGGGAUUUAGAAAGGAUGGAUUAUUCAGUCAGUAGGCACCCUGAGUUCCGUUACAAAACAGAGUUUCAGAGCCAUGAGCCUGAGUUUGACUAUCUGAAGAGUUUGGAAAUAGAGGAGAAAAUUAACAAAAUCAGAUGGUGCCAAACAGCAAAUGGUGCCCUGUUUCUCCUAUCUACUAAUGACAAGACAAUUAAAUUUUGGAAGGUCCAAGAAAAGAAGGUCAGGAAAGUUUCUGAGAUGAAUGUGGAUCCUUUGAAAACUGUAGCAAAUGGCAGUGUUGCUAGUUCAAGCAGUUUGAGUAGUCCUAAAACGCAUCUUGCAAAUGGGGGAUGCCAGUCUUUCAGUUCUCUUAGCAAUGACAUUUCAUUUCCACCGGGGGGGAUUCCUUCGCUGCGACUGCCACAGGUAGUAACUAGCCAUGAGACUAGCCUGGUCGCUAGAUGUCGAAGAGUAUAUGCUCAUGCUCAUGAUUAUCAUAUCAAUUCAAUUUCAAACAACAGUGAUGGUGAAACUUUUAUAUCAGCUGAUGAUCUGCGAAUAAAUCUUUGGAACUUGGAAAUUAGCAGUCAAAGUUUCAAUAUUGUUGAUGUGAAGCCUACAAACAUGGAAGAUUUAACUGAGGUGAUAACAUCAGCAGAGUUCCACCCCACCCAUUGCAAUACGUUAGCCUAUAGCAGUUCCAAAGGCUCAAUUCGACUAAUUGAUUUGCGGCAGUCUGCUUUGUGUGAUUCUCAUGCUAAAUUGUUUGAGGAACAGGAGGCACCUGGUGCUAGAUCAUUCUUCACAGAGAUUAUUGCUUCAAUCUCAGAUAUUAAGUUUGCAAAGGAUGGUAGAUAUAUACUUAGCCGCGAUUACAUGACUCUUAAGUUAUGGGACAUCAAUAUGGAUUCAGGUCCAGUCACAACCUUCCAGGUUCAUGAAUAUUUAAGACCUAGGCUGUGUGAUUUAUAUGAGAACGAUUCUAUCUUCGAUAAAUUCGAGUGUUGUCUUAGUGGUGAUGGAUUGCGAGUAGCAACAGGUUCUUACAGCAAUCUAUUCCGUGUCUUUGGUUGUGGCUCUGGUAGUAAUGAGGCGACAACUUUGGAAGCGAGUAAAAAUCCAAUGAGGCGACAAGUUCAGACUCCUUCUAGACCUUCCAGGUCGCUCAGCAGUAGUAUAACACGAGUUGUCAGACGAGGAGCAGAAAGCCCCGGGGUUGAUGCCAAUGGAAACUGUUUUGAUUUCACAACAAAGUUGCUGCACUUAGCAUGGCAUCCAACUGAAAAUUCAAUAGCCUGUGCUGCUGCGAACAGCUUGUACAUGUACUAUGCGUAAAGAUGGUCCAAGAAGAAAUGUAUUUUCUUGGUUAGCUUUUUUGGGUUGCUGCUGGAGAAGGCUUCCAUCCUUUCCCACCAACCAGUUUAUUGGAGGCCACACUAAUUUUCACAUUUCACGGUGCCCUUUGAACCUGUUGCACAUGGUCUUAGACGUCUCAAGGUCCAGAAGUGGCUGUCAUAGAAUCUACAAGGAAGCAACCUGAUUUUGUUCCCCGGUGGGCGGCAUCUCUUUUCCGUCAUCCUCCCAACCCCCAAAAUUCUCUUUCCUUUCUUUUUUUCAUCUUUUUCUUUUUUCCUGCAUUUUCUUUAAAAGAGAAGAUGCAGUUUAAGUCUUACAAUUAUGUUGGGUUGAUAUAGAAAAGAGAAUGUGAUUGUAGCUCUCCUACAACAAAUACUAAAGGAUGUUCAAUAUUUGCCACUAGGUUUAAGAUAUAAUGUAGUUGCUUCACACUAAAGAUCUUGGUGGGAUAGAGCUGUUGAAACUUGCAGUUCAUCAUUUUUUUAUUGAUUCUUUGUCAUGGUUGAAAUUUCAUUAAGGAUGUUAUAUUAUUUGA